AUGUCCUCGGGCGGAACAAGAGCACCCAGUCGCGCAAACGGAUACGGUGACGAGCGAUCCAGACUUUCGGGCGCCAAUACCAGCUUCAGGAGCGAGCGCACCGAUGCCAAGGGCGGCCCGUCCUCCUCCUCCCAGCCCGGUGGUGCUCACUCCUCGGCAACGGGGACGGCGCACAAAAGAAGUGCGUCGGGGAAUCCGCGCUCGGCGACCCAGCCCGCCGACGAACGACGGUACGAGGAGCGCCGCGUCACUGAGCGGACGUACGAGGCGCACGUCGAGAGGGUGCGCACGACGAGCCCUGAGAAGCCGCAGCGACGCACUGUGCCCGUGGAUAAGAGGCCGUCUGGGUUGCGUCGGCAAAAGUCUUCGGAAUGGCGGCCCAAGGAACCGGCCACGGAACCUCCCCAAGCUCCGUGGAAUCCAGAGGUGACUUUGCUCCCACGCACUUCCGCCCCGUUGGCCUCAAGAGUGUCGAUUCCGCCGCUCGCUUCUACGGUCCCGCAGGCGCCCCAGCCGACACCCCUGGGUGAACUGUCGCUCGAAGUGCAGGAAGCAGCCAUAGUGGAAGACUUGCUCUUCGUCUUCAUGGGUUAUGAAGGCCAAUACAUCCGGUACGCCAAGGGGUUCGACUCCAGCGAAGAGCGCGAUCGUCUCUCUGGCCCGAGCUUCAGGAUAUUGCCGGGACUCGACCCGAGCUUGCACGACUUGACAAAGUCGAUGCUUAAAAUGGCAACCUACUACUCUGCCCUCGUGGCCUUUGGGGACGUGCAAAGCCGCGAGGAUUUCGGCGCCGUCAACCAUGCGCUGUGUGCCUCUGUCCGCAGGUUCUUGCAGGACUACCUCAUUAUGAUUGCCCAGCUGGAGACGCAGUUUCUCACCAGCGACACGUUUACCAUCCACGUACUCAAUAUACAGACCAUCUCGACGAGCCAGAUGAUGCUCCAGCUCUACUCGCUCGCUCAGGAGCUCCUCAAGAGGAACGCCUUGCUCGACGACGAAAGCGAAGAGGAUGACGACGAAAGUGAAGACGACUACGACAAGGUCAUCGAGAGGUUGACGGAUGGAGGCGACCUCUUGUCCGGGAACAUGACGGGCAAAAAGAUUUGCAAAGGCGGAGUCGUUCUCGGUAUAUUGACGAAGCGGCUGGAGACCAUGUCUGGGGAUCCUGCCGCGAGGGCUCUUCUCACCUCGCUGCUACGAGAUGCAAGCCGUCCGUACAUGGUUAUGUUGAACGAAUGGCUGCACCACGGCGCCAUCAAUGACCCCAACUCGGAAUUCCUCAUCAAGGAGCAAAAGAGCAUCAGGCGCGAGAGGCUGGAGCAGGAUUACACGGACGAGUACUGGGAGAGGCGAUAUACGAUUCGCGACCACGAUGUCCCGCCGCAGCUCGACGGCGUCAAGGACAAGGUCCUGUUGGCUGGCAAGUACCUCAACGUGGUUCGUGAAUGCGGCGGCGUCGACGUGAGCAAAGUCGUGGCCGAUGUCCCGACCUCGUUCGACGACAGCCACUUCUUGGACAACGUCAACAACGCAUACGCGCAUGCCAACGAGUCGCUGAUGCAGCUCCUGCUGACAACACAUGCGCUUCCCGCGAGGCUGCAAUCGAUGAAGCACUACUUCUUCCUCGAUCCCUCCGACUACUUCUCCUAUUUUCUCGAGUUGGGCUCUUCUGAGCUGCGCAAACCGGUCAAGUCGGUCAACACGGGGAAGCUGCAGUCUCUUCUGGACCUGGUCCUGCGCCAGCCCGGCAGUAUUGUGUCGUUGGACCCCUUCAAAGAGGACGUCAAGGUGGAGAUGAACGAAGUCACCCUGAUCAAGUCUCUGCAGCGGGUCGUCAACAUCACGGGCAUCGAGCAAGGCGAGGCGCUGCAGCCUCUCUCGUCGAACCAGCCGACGGAAAACGACAAGAACGCCACCGGCUUCACAUCGCUGCAGCUCGACUACGCAGUCCCCUUCCCCGUCUCGCUCGUCAUCAGCCGCAAGACCGUCUGGCGCUACCAGGCGCUCUUCCGCUACCUCCUCUCCCUGCGCUACCUCGAGUCGCAGCUGUCGGCGACGUGGCAGACGCAGACGCGGGGCGUCAGCUGGGCCCACAAGGGGUCCAACCGCGCGCUCGAGAUCUGGAAGCGGCGCGCGUGGACGCUCCGGGCGAGGAUGCUCGUCUUUGUGCAGCAGCUCCUGUACUUUUGCACGGCAGAGGUCAUUGAGCCCAACUGGACAAAGUUCAUGACGCGGCUGCAGCCGGGGGACGGGGACCAGGAGAAGAAGCCCGGCCUGAUGAGGACCGUGGAUGAGCUGAUGCAGGACCACGUCGACUUUCUGGAUACCUGCCUCAAGGAGUGCAUGCUGACCAACAGCAAGCUCCUAAGGAUCCACUCCAAGCUCAUGCAGACAUGCACCAUCUUCGCCGCCUACACGAACUGGCUCACGCGCGAGCUCGAAAAGUCGGACCCGGACCUGUCGGGCGCCACCAGGCCCAGCACCAUGACGGCCGACCAGUGGCGGCGCUUCCAGGCCUCGCGCGCCGCGCCGCGCGCCUCGGCCUCGUCGUCGCGCCACGACUCGCCGCCCCCCGGCGACGUCGACGCCCGCGUCGGCAAUCUCUCGGAGAUUAUCCGCAAGUGGGAGAGCAACUUUAGCAGGCACCUCCAGAUCCUGCUCGACGCCCUCAACCACUACGCCGCCACCGAGACGGUGGUGCUGCUCAGCCUCUGCGCGCGCCUCAGCACCGCCAACCAGGGCACCGAGUAUGCGGGGCUGAGGACCGACGAGGAGGUCGCUUGA